AUGGCGGCCGGCGGAGAAUGGUGUUUGAUUGAAAGCGAUCCUGGUGUUUUUACCGAACUAAUCCGUGGUUUUGGUAGGCAUUAUUAUUCUGAAAAGCUUUUAUCGCGACACAACUCAUUCAGAACAAUUUCUUCGCAUUGCACGAUGUGAAUGCCCCUCCAUUCUAUCUUGAUAGUUACGACAUCCGGUUUCAUAGACACCAGACACCGAAUAUUAGAUGGCCCUAAUUGCUUGAUUUUCCUUACUCAAGUCAUACAAGAACUUCCAGAAUUUUUUAUUUUAGGGCAUUCAACCAAUUUAGCAUGGGUUGAUUUUUCGUUAUUCAAACAGUUGUCUUAAAUUAUCGAAACCAAAACAAGUACAAAAACAGGUACACGUGCUGCGUUUAAAAGUGCACCGUGUGCGCAUGCACUUAAAACUCAGCGGAUAGAGGAGGUUGAAGGGAGGAGCAAAGGAUGGGUGGACAUUUCAACAAAAAUAAUUUUGGACAAGUUCGUUGGUUGGGAAAGCAUGUGUUAAUCAGACGUGGGCAAUAGAAAAAGAACUUUGGCUCAGCUGUAACAAAUAAGUAGCCCAGUAGGGGCUGGGAGAAGGGUACUUGGCACCUGGGGAAGGAGGGGUACUGCCAAAUAUGGGCUAUGCCAUGCUGAUGAGUGCCAACAAGAGCAAAACAGCUGUCCAUGGCUGCCACUGCCCGGGUGAUAAGGCUGUGCACAUGCAUUAGGUACUGGCCAUACCGCAGAGUUUUGUAGUGUGACCAUUGCUUUCACAUGGGUUAUUAUAGGCUCUGCAGGUAUGCUCGGCUGUGAAAGGUAUGGUUUUCAAGCAGUUUAGUCUAAGACAGGGUAUAGAAAUCGGCAAGUUUGGGUCUUAAAUUGGGUAUCAUUUUCCGGGAAACUGAUCAAUUAGUUGAAUUUUUUUUGUCUAGACUAGGGGAACUGGAAAUUGACACUCAAAAAAUAAAACUGGCAAAUUUGAAUUUUACCCACUUACUUCAACAGCGAGGAAAGCGUCCACCACAGUAGUUUUUGGAAAAUAGAGACUCUAAUAUAGAGAGGGAUUUUGAAAGUUUAGUCUCAUAUAGGGUAACAGAGUUCAGAUGUACUCGGUCUGGCUAGGGUAAGGGUUCUUCCCUCCCCCCACUCCCCUUGGGGACUCAGCAUAAUUUGGGUAGGUAGUUACACAAACAAUCCAUUUUCUAAUAUCUCUUCAUUUCUUUUUUUGGAAUUGUCUGGUAUUUUUAAGAUCCCAGCCAUUUUAAUAGCACUUUUUGUCAAGGGCUGCAAUCAACAUGAUCACUUUGUGUUUAUUUUUUUUUUUUAAUGUAAGCCGAAUUAUUGACUGUAAAGUAAUGAGAAGAGAACAUGUUUCCAUUUCUAGUUAGCAUUAAAAGCUCUUUGAACGGGACCCGAGGCUACAAGGUACUUUUAAAAUGCCAGAAUAAUUAUUAAAAAACACAAUAUUUUUUUUCAAAUGAUGAAACCAAAGGCUAUGGACACAGUAUAAUAAUUUAGGCUCAACUGGCCAUACUUCUUGCAGGAAUAUUUUAGGCCUGAAAGUUUUAAGGUAAAUUUUUUAUUUGUUUUGUGUAGAUUGUUCAGGUGUGCAAGUGGAGGAAAUCUACAGUCUUGAUGAAGCAUCAUUGGAAGAUUUAAGGUUAAUAGCACCCUGCUCUUCUGGUGUUUCCUUUAUUCUGUUUUAAAAAAUCCUGCAAGCUAAAUAACUCAUGAAACAAAGAGUAUAUGACUUUCAUAUAAAUUUAUAAGAACUGCUGGAUAAAAUAAAGAAAUAAAUGGAAAAAAGAUCAUGAUCGCAGUUGAAGAUGCAACUUAUGCAGUUGUGAAAAGAACACUUGAAAGCCUCGAACGCUGACCUCUGCGAUACCGGUGAAACACUCUCACCAACUGAGCUGGCAAGCCAACUUGCAGAUGGUCUUUAAAUUGGCACUUCACCAGUAGUUUGUUUCGAAGCACUUUCUCUAUUCUGUUUAUAAGCCCGCUCAGAUACAAGCCCCUCCAUUUAAAAGCCCCCCUAAAAUCCCUUACAAAGAACUGUAAGCCACAGGCUCAAAAGAUGUAGUUUGUGGUAUGACAACAAUAUAGUUUUGCCUUAAGUUGUGUUCAUUUUUUGAUUCAUUCUUGCCUCUCUUUUACUUGUCACAUUCCCAGACCUGUUCAUGGUCUUAUAUUUCUGUUCAAAUGGAAGCCUGGGGAAGAGCCAGCUGGACCCAUUGUACAUGAGAGCAGGUCUCUUGGAAUAUUCUUUGCCAAACAGGCAAGUUGGACAUUUUUUUAAGCAUUAUCCCUUUAAGCCCCAAGAUCCACAAACAAAUUCUCCAGACUUAUGUCCAUACAUUUCUUUUAAGAAUAGUUGAGAGAAUUUGGUUUAAGAUCAAAGUAUUCUCAUACCCUUGGUAAUCAAUUAAGUAAUUCUCAUAACCUUUACUCUUGAUGAUCUGCUGAUGUUUUUAGGAGAAAAUUGAUGUUGGUCACUCUUGGGACCUAAAGAGUUCUAAGCCAAAUGUUGCCCAAUCAAAAUUCUAAGAAGGGAAUUUCAGAGCCAUCCUGGUGCCAUCCUUAUAAUAAGUGAAAUACCUAUACAUCUUGGCUUUGUCACAUGAUGUAGGAUAAGGCAAAUUAAUUUGACAAAAGUUGAGACCAGCUCAUUUUAUUCAAACAAGUUGACAUGCUCCUUGGGGCUUGAUUUGAAUGCUUAGUACAGCAUGUUAGAUACAGUUCAUUUUUUCUUUUUAUUUAAUUUUUUUAGGUCAUAACCAAUGCCUGUGCAACUCAAGCCAUCCUGAGUGUACUUCUUAACUGCAAUCACCCAGACUUGGACCUAGGACCUACACUAUCAAGUUUCAAAGAUUUUUCAGCAACAUUUGAUUCAUCUGUAAGUGUAUGAUACAGUGGAAACUCGCUAUAAUGAAUCUCUAUAUAACAAAUUCCUUGGUAUAACAAAUGAUUUUGUUUACCCCAGUAAUAGUCAGAUACAGUGAAACCCCGCCUUAACGGCCACCUCGGUGAUAUGGUCACCUCAUUAUUAUGGCCACUUUUUUUUGGCUGCCUGGCAUAAUGGCCAUACAUUUUCUUGUAAAGAACCCUUGUUAAUACAGUCCCCCGUUAAUACGGCCAAUUUUUUUUUGGCCCAUUGGUGACCAUAUUAAGGGUUUUACUGUAUAUGGAAGAGAACCUUGAUAUAAUGAAACCUCAUUAUAGUGAACAUAUUUCGCCAGUUUCUUGGCCCUUUGUUAUAUUGAGCUUCCACACUACACCCAUACUCAAAUUUCUGGUUGUCAAGGCCGAGUUAGGGUAAAAUUCCAACAAUAAGUUUACAUGGCUUGAAACAGUGACAUAAGAGUAAAGACAGCUAAAAUGGUGACAAACAACAAAAAGAUGAGUUGAAAAGUGCGAAUACAGUUGAGCCUCUCUACAACGGCCACCUUGGGGACAGAAGAAAGUGUUCGUUGUAGAGGUGGCAGUUGUAGAGAGGUUUUAAACAAGAGUCAAUGUAUGGAUUUUUUUGCCCUUUGACACAAAAAAAGUGGCCAUUUGUAGAGAGGUGGCCGUUAGCAGAUGUUCAACUGUAAAAUAGUUAAAAUACCAACAGGGACAUGUUUUUGUACUCAAUAUAUGAAAUGACAGAUUUUGAAAUAUAGAUUAGGGUCAUACAUACCAAACCCCCCCCCCCCCCCCCCCCCCCCCACCACCCCCCCCUGCUUUAUCGACAAUAUAAAAGAUCAUUUUUUUUUUUUAAUUUAAACAAAAAAAAAAAUAUAAUUAUUUUAUUUGUUAAAUCAAACAAAAAAGAAAGAUUUGUAGAAAUUCAAGAUAGGGACAAAACCACCACACCCCCCCCCCCCCUCCCCAUCCAAGAGGGCCUCGUUGAUUUGGAACAAAUUAAAUUGAUUGAGUUAUUUGAUGCAAAUUAGAAAGCAAUAAAUUUUAAAUCUCUUAUUGUCAACAGCUAAAAGGAUUGAGCCUCAGUAACUCUGAUGUUAUCAGACAAGUGCACAAUGGUUUUGCCAGGUUUGAUUUAUUUUUAGCUUUCAAAAAGAGUUAUGCCUCACCAUCAGUAAUUAAAAGUAGUUAAAUCUAUCCAAGUUUGUUUUUUUUUCAUGAAGUUAUUCACUUCAUGCUUCUACUGACAUUUUCAGACAGCAAAUGUUUGAGUUUGAUGCUAAACUGCCACAGAAAGAUGAGAAUGUGUAUCACUUUGUGGCUUAUGUUCCACUGCACGGCAAGCUAUAUGAACUGGAUGGAUUAAGAGAUGGGCCUAUUGAUCUUGGUAAUAAACACGAUAAUUAUUAUCGUUAGGAGUAGAUUUGCAAUGGAAUGUAUAUGAAUGAAUUAAGUUUUAAAGUUAUUGUAACUUGUCUACUAUUUAAAUUAUUGCUCACAGACUGGUUCUUGCAUCACAAGCUCGUUCAGGGUUAGAGGUGAAAAAUUUGUGAUCACGUCUCCCCGACAUAUUAGAAUUUCAUAUGCAAAAUACAGAGUAUCAGUAUCUAUUGUAAGCAUGAUAUGCAGGCAUUUUCUUACUAAAUUACAGGAGUUACACAAACUUUGUUUGAAAAAGGUUAAAAAUUCACUUGUGGCAUCUUUGUAUAAAAACCCUUGGAAUCACAUUUUUUUUUCCAGUCUUUCUCCUCACUUGUCAACCUGAUUGCCAGCACCACUUUCCAUUAAAUACACUCAUUGUAGAAAACAAUGCUUAUUAGGUACAGUUGUUAUGACAUGUGCAAAUUAAAUUACUUAUGUCUUGAUAGGGCCGUGUACUCCAGAAAACUGGCUUGGUGUCUGUAAACCCAUCAUAGAAGCAAGAAUGCAGAAGUAGGUACCUUUGUAUAUCCAUGUGUUGUGUCAGUAAUGUCCAAAAGUAAUGAGGAAGUAAAAUUGAAGGGACAACUUUACUCUGCAAAAGUGGCAGAUAAGAUUCUUUUUGCAGACUGAGAAAUUUGUGGGUCUCAAAUCUCUGAUUAAAUUGGAAUUUGGAAAUGUGAUAAUUUUUUUAUUGAGGGAGGAAAGCUGUAGAGAACCUUCAGAGGUCCUCAGAGCUGGUCAAGACUUAGCUCACACAGUGAAUGGAAUUCAUAGUGUCAAAAUCAUAAACUUUACCUAGUAUGGCAUACAGUGUGCAGGUCCAAAGAGUGACCAACAUCAAUUUUCUCCUGACUACCGUAUUUAUUCGAUUAACCUCCCUGGGCGCUUAUUAAAUUUCUGGACCUUGAGAGUGGGUGCUUAUUCGAGGUGGGCGCUUAUUCGAGGCUGGGCGCUUAUUAAAUUUUCACCAUUUUCAGCAAGUGAAGUAUGUUUAUUUUGCAAGAAAUCUCUGUCCUCGGGGAAGUCUCUUAUUAGAAUUUAUUCACUCAAGUGGGUGGGGUGGGGGUGAGCGCUUAUUUGAGUUUGAUUGGGAGGAGGAGGGGGUGGGCGCUUAUUCGAGGCUGGGUGCUUAUUAACUUUUUCUGCCUUUAGGGUGGGCGCUUAUUCAAGGUGGGCGCUAAUUCGAGGUUGAGCGCUUAUUCGAAUAAAUACGGUAUGUCAGUACAUAAUCAAAAGAAGAGGUUAUGAGAAUCAAUGAAAUGAUCACCAAAGGGAAAGUUUUGAUCUUUUAUCAAAUUCUCUCAACUCAUUCUUUAACAAAGUGUAUGGAGACCAGACUGGAGAAUUUGUAUCUGGAUAUUGAGGCUUGUUUAACAACAUAAUAUGGAUUUUCCAGUCUUUUCAAAGUUUCAAAGUCGCGUUAAUUUUGCUUCUCUCAAAUUUCAAUGUUUCCCUGGCUCUGUUUCAGGAAACAGGGUGAUUCUGAGAAAACAAAACCAGUCAUAAAGUUUUUAUUGUUAUUUUGACAAUGGCUUGUAUUUAAAACCUCUUUUUUUUUAGAUAUUCAGCAGAGGAGAUUCAUUUUAACCUUAUGGCCAUCGUUUCAUCAAGAAAGGCUAUUCACCUUAAGGAUAUUGAUAGACUGAACCAGAAAAGAACUCAGAUUUUAGACAAUGUAUGUAUUGUUAAGUACUCUGACAGACACAAAGUUUUAUCCAAAAGAUCAAGUGUUGUUUUGCACGCUCUACAUUGUAGAUCCUUUGUUGUUAAUAAUGUAGACAAUGUAGAUCUCUGGUACAAGGAUACAACAUGCGACAAGCCUGUUGAAGUCUGGGAUUUCACCUGCGAAAAUGAAAAAGAAAUGAUAUCAUCCAAAUUAAAAGGAGUUCAAGUAUAGGUGCUCUCUCUUUAUAGUCUGUUUAAAAGCCCCACUCUCAUCCAAUAUGCUUUGUGACUAUUUCUUUUCCAAAUGGCGCAGCUUUCAAUAUACAAUCCUCUCUUCUGCAUUGAAAUGCGGGCCUUGAGUUUCUUACUCUUGACUUUUCAAACCCAGCCCAUUAAUGAUUUCAUUUGUAUAUAUUUUUAAUCAAAAUGACAUUUUCUCUCCAUGUUUUUGUUUUUGUAGCUGGAGCAAUUGAAAAGUCAAUCUUCAAAAGAGGUGUGAAAAUAUAAGUAUUCUAUUCAGUGGCUUGCCAUUAUAAUUAUCAAUUUGGUAAACUCUCCUAAUUCGCUUGUUUGUAUCAUGUUGUUGUUAGGGUGCUGAUGCCAUGGAGACAGAUCAAGUAACAUCAGAGAAUGAACUUCAAUCUGUUAUGAAGAAUAUUGACAGUGAGAUCUCACGUCUGCAGACACUCAUCGCCGGUGAAGAUGAUAAAAUGCUUCGGUACAAGGUAAGCUUUGGGGUUUGAUUAAGCUGUGCCAUGCUUUCAGAUAGGAGGGAAGUCGCGCAAAAAAGGUGAGGCGAAAGUAAAACGCCCGUCAUCUGGGAAAAGGGGCGAUAAAGCUAUAAGAAAAUAUUACAAUCAACCUGUUCAAAAUCUGGUUUGCAACAAAGUGGGCUCACACGGAAACCGAACUGUUCAGAGUUAAUAAAAACCAAAAAAAAGAGAAGACAUCUAGACUUGUUGGUUUUUCUAUUCUUAUUUUUUGGUUGUUGCGGUCACUGUUGUUGUUCUUUACUUUAACUGCACAUUCUAGGCAUACUAGCUUUUGUAGUCAAAAGAUGUUGAUGAGUGCUUGUAUCAUCAGUUAAUCGGCCAUCAAACGAGGCGUUUGUAUGAAAAUUGUAAUACAGGUAGAGCAAAAGGAAAAUUGCAGUUUCACUUUCAGCGACAUAAUUGCCAUAGAAGUUUAAAUACUUCUAUAUUCGUUUACAGGUUGAAAACAUCAGAAGAAAACACAACUAUCUGCCUCUGAUAAUGGAACUUUUGAAAGUCUUGGCCAAGCAAGGAAAUCUGGUGCCUUUAGUGGAAAAAGUACGGAGGUCCUACUUACUUUUACCUGCUUGAUACCACGUGUCAAGCAAUUCCUUUCGCACCCCACCCCUGAAGUGGACUGGAGAUGUGAGGAGACUGACUCAGUGCUGUUUUUAUGUGUAUCGCUGGGCUAUCAAUUGUGCUCGUUCGAUCAUGAAACGUUCCUGUAGAUCAUGUUGCGAGCGAACCCUUGUGAGAGCCGUUCCCCCGUCUCUGCCACCUCCCCGUACACAGAUUUAUUGCCUAAUUUCCCAAUUCAGAAUGGAGGUCCCAUCAUCGAAAGUUUACAGCCCAACCAUUUCAGUUCUCGCAAAAAAAUUGGGUUGGUUCAUGGUCUGCACCUUUGGAACCCACUGCACGUAAAAUAACAUUAAGUUUUGACUCAUAGUAUAUUCACUUUCUACUUUUCAAACAGGCAAAAGAGGAAGUACAAGCCAAAAAAGCAGAACAGGCCAAGUGA